AUGCAAACAUUUUUUGAAAAUUCUUAUUUUCGCGGUAUCAGUAUACCAGAACCUGAACAUUAUGUUGGAUUAGCACAAAGACUUGCACAAACAGAAAAUCCUGAUUCUUCACUUGACGAGAUUGCUAUCGACUUUCUUCUAAAAUGUCUUCAUGUAAAUCCAGAAAUGCGUUGGAGUGCCGAAGAACUUUUAAGACAUCAAUAUUUUCGCGAAUUUAUUUUUAAAUUGCCGGAAUUUGAUGGAGCGGAAGCAACAAUUAAUGGAUAUCUGCCUGUACUUGCUGAGAGAAGAAGACAAAGUUAUUCACAACAAAUAAUUAAUUCAGAACAAGAAGGCCAAAGAACUGUUGAUUCAACGCAUCUACCAUCAAUUCUGUGA